GUUAACCGGCAAUUUAUCCAUGACUGCGUCUUCCUGAUAUGAUUUCAUACCAAAUACGAUCCAGCUUAACCAAACUAUCUAACUACGUGCUCAAAGUAUGCGGAGCGGAGAGCGGGGUUAACCGAAAUCCCGGGCUCGGAGGUUCAAUAGUGAACAGCAACAUCCAAUUCCUACCAACUAACUACGACAUCUCAUAGAUUUGAUAGUACUAGAAUGAGAAUACCAACGAAACAAGCUCUAUGGCAGCAGGCCCUCGCAGCCUCCACUAUCAUCAAGCCCUCAAUUGCCGCCGGACGGUUCUUCUCAACCUCACCAGUUCGUGCGGAGACGAAGUCGGCAUCAACAUCGAUGCCCACACCCACACCCACGAAACCUCACACGAUUGACCCGAAAUGGCUUACCCUGACAAAGCGGAGGAUCGGGAGGUGUAUGAUGUUUGGACUGAAGCCGCCGCAGAUUCAGGAAGCGGGUGAUGUCUUACAGCAGAUCGCGAGAGAUUGGAGGGAGUUGGUUUCGGGCAGUGAGGGUUUCUUGACGAAUGAGAUUGUUAGGGGGUUAUUCCAGCAUAAUGUGGCAUGGGGAGAGAUGGAUACUAUGGGACAUGUCAACAACGUGAUGUAUGUCAGAUACGCCGAGACGGCGAGAGUGAACUUUAUGCGCAACUUCGCAACUCACAUGGAUCCGGCGAAUAAAAAGGCAUGGAUGAAUCUCGUUGGCUCGACCGGGAUUGGUCUCAUCCUUCGGAGCAUCAAGAUUGAUUACAAAUUUCCCAUGAAAUACCCCGAUAAGAUCAGCGUUUAUCACAAGCUAGUACAGGACCCGUCUUCUCAGGCUGAUAAGUCGGCCUUUGAGCUUCAAGUCGUCAUUCUUUCCGAGGCACAUCAACGACCGGCCGCACGCUGUCACGAGGAUAUUGUCACGUACAACUAUCGAGAGGCAAAGAAGACACCCAUGCCUCCUUUCAUGAUGGAACAGUUCCAGAGGGCGUGGGCGUUGCAAGAAGAAGCAAAGAAGACCUGGCAGCAGAGAAUUCUGGGGAUUGAGGGCCGAGUACGGACCCUUGAGACUGAAAGUUGGGAUCGUGAGGAUGCUGUCGAGGACACGGGAUCUGCGAAGAAGUAGAUUGGAGAAGGGGCAUUGCGACUGCAUAGUGCAUAGUGCAUACUUGUACAGCGAACCACUAGGUAGAUACAAUUCAUUAGGCAUUAUAAUUCGCUCACGGCCAUGAGCUCUUAUCAUUUUCGAAGCUCUGAGCCACAAUAUGCUGUCCUAUCUCGAACGUGCCGCGAACAGAUUCGAAGCGCCUAGAGAUAUGGUGUUAAAUUGAUUUGAAUCGCUGAGAGCUUGUUUUAUGCCUGGUCC